GAGUGACGUCAUCGAUGUCCGAAAGUGAACUUCUUCUACCCUUUUUUUUGUUUGUUGUUGUUGUCGCACUCUUCUGUCCGAGCUGUAAAACGUCACUAAAAUGUGACACAGUCCGUUACUAGUUUUACGUAAAACCUUGGAUUUGAUCAAAUCAAUGUUAAAAGUCGGUUAUAGACGUUUCAACAGCGUCUUAAAAUGCGUGUUAUACCAGCCUGAGUGUGGGAUCAGGAGUUAAGAACACGGACAUGUCUGCUGUGACUGCGUGGCGCUGCUCCACUUUGGUGUCUGUCGGACUCUUCGUGUUUGUCUCUGCAGACCAGAAAAUCAUCACAGCUGAGUCUGGACAGGACGUCACUCUGACAUGUCGAGUUCCAAACAACAACAUCAGACUCGUUGAGUGGAGCAGAGCUGACCUGGUAGAUGAAUAUGUGCUCUUGUACCGGGAUGGAUACUUUCUUCCAGACAACCAGCAUCCAUCUUUUAAGAACCGGGUGGAUAUGUGGGACAGACGGAUGAAGGAUGGAGACCUGUCUUUGAUUCUGAAGGAUGUGAGGGCUGCUGAUAGUGGAACAUAUGAGUGUCGUGUCAUCAUGAGACGAACACACUGGCAUGAAGACAUCACAAGCAUCAUCCACCUUUAUGUCGUUCCUCCAGGUCAGACAGGAUGGCACAGAAAGGAUGGAUUAUAUGAACUGACAUGUGGACUGGGAGUUGCUCUGUCUCUUUGUCUUGUGAUUGCUGUUGUUGGGUUUUGCACAUACAAAUGUCGACUGUCCCAAAACACUACUCCACCUCGUCAGACUCCACAGCAGAACUAUGAGUUGGAUGAUCUGAGGACAGGCUGUAGACGUCAAACAUCCAGAGUUUGAUUAUCAUCAUGUUCAGACUCAGACCAGCAGUGUGUGUAUGUGCUGUUGUUCCUGGGAUUUACUGACACAAACUGUUACAAACAUGUAUGAAGUCAUGUGCAUUAAUCUCUGAAUCUGUGUGUUUUUGUAUUUUUAGCUUCAGGAUCAGCAGCUGCUUGUAAACUCGCCUUACUCUGUGAGGUUUGAACCACACAAACUCAGAUUUAUAUGAAACUAAACAUUCAUGUACAUGCAAACUCAGAUAUUUCUUUCCUGAUACUGAGCUACAAGGUUAUCCACAUAUGUUUUAAUUAUUUAUCUUUUCAUGCAGAGACACUAAGAUGUGCAAAUAAUGUAAAGUUCUUAAUCAUGUGCAGCUUCGCUUCAACUUUUUUAAAAUGUUAAUAAAGAUCUACAUGUAAACCUA